AUGUAUAAUACAGUUUGGACAACGGAAAAAGCCGGUGAGGAAGGAGACUGGCGGGACGUGAUGAUGCCCUACUCCACGGAGCUGAUAUUUUAUCUGGAAAUGGACCAACAACCUCCAGCUCUUCCUCCAAAGCCAGCGAAGCCCCAGCAGACCUCGUCGGUCGGGGUGGGAGGCGUCAGCAGUAACGGUGCCAAGGACGGAGGAGGAGGAGGAGGAGGAGGAGCAGGAGGGUCGCUGCAGGAGGCAGAGUGGUACUGGGGCGACAUAUCCAGGGAGGAAGUGAACGAUAAGCUCAGAGACAUGCCUGAUGGGACUUUCCUGGUUCGGGACGCCUCCACAAAGAUGCAGGGUGACUACACGCUCACACUGAGGAAAGGAGGCAACAACAAGCUGAUAAAGAUCUACCACCGAGACGGGAAGUACGGCUUCUCCGACCCGCUGACGUUCGGCUCGGUGGUGGAGCUCAUCAGCCACUACAGACACGAGUCUCUGGCUCAGUACAACACCAAACUGGACGUCAAGCUCAUGUACCCCAUCUCCCGCUUCCAGCAGGACCAGCUGGUAAAGGAGGAUAAUAUCGACGCUGUGGGGAAGAAGCUGCAGGAAUACCACAAUCAGUACCAAGAGAAGAGCAAAGAGUACGACAGACUGUACGAAGAAUACACAAAGACGUCGCAGGAGAUCCAGAUGAAGCGGACGGCCAUCGAAGCUUUCAACGAGACCAUCAAGAUCUUCGAGGAGCAGUGCCACACGCAGGAGCGCUACAGCAAGGACUACAUCGAGCGUUUCCGGCGCGAGGGCAACGACAAAGAGAUCGAGCGGAUCAUGAUGAACUACGAGAAGCUCAAGUCUCGGCUCGGAGAGAUCCACGACAGCAAGGUGCGGCUGGAGCAGGACCUGAAGACACAAGCCAUGGACAACCGCGAGACGGACAAGAAGAUGAACAGCCUGAAGCCCGACCUCAUACAGCUCCGCAAGAUCAGGGACCAGUAUCUAGUCUGGCUAAAUCACAAAGGAGUUCGACAGAAACGAAUUAACGACUGGCUGGGAAUCAAGAACGAGAACACUGACGAAGGCUACUUUGUGACCGAGGAGGACGAGAACUUGCCUCACUACGACGAGAAGAGCUGGUUCGUGGGCGACCUGAACAGGACGCAGGCCGAGGAGCUGCUGAUCGGGAAGCCGGACGGAGCGUUCCUCAUCCGGGAGAGCAGCAAGAAAGGCUGUUACGCCUGCUCCGUCAUUGUUGAAGGCGAGGUGAAGCACUGCGUCAUCUACAGCACGCCGCGAGGCUUCGGCUUCGCUGAGCCCUACAACCUGUACAGCAGCCUGAAGGACCUGGUGCUCCACUAUCACCAGACCUCCCUGGUGCAGCACAACGACUCGCUCAACGUGCGCCUCGCCUACCCCGUCUACGCACAGAUGCCCUCCGGACGCAGAUGA